GUGGAACUUAUUCUAAGUCAAAUCAUGGACUUGUUUGACCUGCCUGCCGAGGAGUGCAACCGGUGCUUGGCGUCGCAUAUGGCCUGGCUCACCGGAUGCUGCGCAGACAUGGAUGGCGUCCGCCUCAACGGUCCGAGCUGCUACCUGCGCUACGAGUUCAUGGGCUUCGUCCCCAGCAUGUCGCCGUCAAUGGUGCGGCUCCUACCUCCAGCUCCGGCGUCUGUGCCAGGGAUUACUCCCCCGGAGCGGAAGAAGAAGGCUAGGAUUUACAUACUAGCUGACACCCUGAGUGCAUUGGCGCUGCUGUGCGUCAUUCUUCUCAUUGCAUUCCUUUGCUGCAAGAAUGAGCGCCAUGGCUCACUUCCUCCCAUGCCCUGGAAGAACUGGAAGUGGAAGAGAGACACGCCAACGAUCGAAUCCUUCCUGCGGCGGCAACAUCCGAGGAGGUACAGCUACUCGCAAGUGAAACGGAUGACAAAAUCUUUGGCGCACAAGCUCGGCCAAGGCGGCAACGGAGUGGUCUACAAAGGCACCCUCCCAGAGCCAGACAGCCGCAAGAUCGCUGUGAAGAUGCUCAAGGACGCCAAGGACAUCGACGGCGAGGACUUCAUGAACGAGGUCGCCAGCAUCAGCAGAACCUCCCAUGUCAACGUCGUCACGCUGCUGGGGUUCUGCUUGCAGGGGAGAUCAAAACGGGGCCUCAUCUACGAGUUCAUGCCCAAUGGCUCGCUGGAAAGACACACUUUUGGGCAAGCCAUGGACCAUUCACUCCGCUGGGAGAUGCUGUUUGACAUCGCCCUCGGCAUCGCGCGAGGUCUGGAGUACCUGCACCAGGGCUGCAAUGCGCACAUUGUGCAUUUCGAUAUCAAGCCUCACAACAUCCUCCUGGACCAGGACCUCCGGCCUAAGAUCUCCGAUUUUGGACUAGCCAAGCUGUGCCCCCAGAAAGAGAGCUCUAUCAAUGUGUCCAUCACCGGAGCCCGGGGCACGAUUGGGUACAUCGCGCCUGAGGUAUUUGUCAGGGGAGUAGGAGCAGUCAACAGCAAGCCAGACGUCUACAGCUAUGGCAUGAUGCUUCUUGCGAUGUCUGGUGCAAGGAGAAGCAUCGACGAAGUUGCUGGUUCAGAGACAAGUAGCAGCAGCAAGUAUUUCCCCAGUUUAUAUCAAGACUUGGAUCAGUUCUGCGCAAGUGCUUGUGAGAUCGAUCGUGAGGCCACCGGUCUGGUAAGGAAGAUGGUGUUGGUCGGGCUUUGGUGCGUGCAAGUCUCUGCUCCGGAUCAACCUUCCAUGACCAGAGUGGUGGAGAUGCUGGAAAAGAGCACCGCAGAGCUUCAGCUGCCACCACAGUCAGGCUAAUGAAUUCUUUGAAACUGAAGAUGGUGUUGUGUCCUUCCUCUGAAUUCACACCUUAGAUUCUGAAUUGCAUGUAA